AUGGGUAGAAGAGCUAAGAAUAAGCAGGGUGUACCGCCAUCCUUUGAUGAGUUCCAAGCCAAGAAGGAAAGAAAGGAGCAAAGGGACCAAAAGAAGAAGAGAGACAUCGCCUCUGUUGGUAAGCCAGAAAAAACUCAACCAAAGCAAAAGAAACAAAAGAAGCAAGCUCCAGAUAUUGAAGAACAUCCAGUUGAUUUGCCCGAAGUUGACUUGAAGGAGUUGUCUGAUGCCAAAAAGUCUUUGUUUGACGAAUCUGAUGCUGAAGAAGAAGAACUUGAAGGUGACAACGAUGAGUUUGACAUUGAAGGUGAAGAAUUCUACGACUCUGAUGAAGAGGCUAGAGCCAAGCCAAUGUUUUCUGACGAUGACGAAGAAGACUCCGAUCUUGAAAACUUGAACGCUGCCAACAUGGAAGCUCUUUCCAAGAGAUUAGAUGAAGAAGAUGAACUCGAAGCACAAGAAGCUGAACAAGAAUUGUUGGAAGCUGAACAAGAACAGCCAAGAGCUAUUGUUCUUCCAACUGCCGAAGAAGAAGCCGAAAUCGAAGCCCUGGGUGCUCCACAAGAUGUCACCAUGGUGCGUACACGUAUGAUUGAAAUCGUCAAGGUUUUGGAAAACUUUAAGGACAUGGCCCAAGAAGGUAAAUCUAGAGGUGAUUAUGUUAACAGACUCCUUAAGGACAUAUGUGAAUACUUUGGUUACUCUGAAUUCUUGGCUGAAAAGUUAUUCAACUUGUUCUCUCCAUCCGAAGCUAUGGAAUUUUUCGAAGCUAACGAAAUUGCUAGACCAAUCACUAUCAGAACUAACACUUUGAAGACAAGACGUAGAGAUUUAGCACAAACUUUGGUUAACCGUGGUGUUAACUUGCAACCAAUUGGUUCGUGGACUAAGGUUGGUUUACAAAUCUUUGACUCCCAAGUGCCAAUUGGUGCCACCCCUGAAUAUUUGGCCGGUCAAUAUAUCCUUCAAGCUGCUUCUUCUUUCUUACCAGUGAUGGCUUUGGACCCACAAGAAAACGAAAGAGUUUUGGAUAUGGCCGCCGCUCCAGGUGGUAAAACAACUUACAUUUCUGCAUUGAUGAAGAACACCGGGUGUGUGUUUGCCAAUGACGCCAACAAGGCCCGUACUAAGUCUUUGAUUGCUAACAUCCACAGACUUGGAUGUAAGAACACUAUUGUGUGUAACUACGAUGCUCGUGAAUUCCCUAAGGUUAUUGGUGGGUUCGACAGAGUUUUGUUGGAUGCUCCAUGUUCUGGUACUGGUGUUAUCGCCAAGGAUGAAUCAGUUAAAGUGAGUCGUACUGAAAAGGAUUUCAUUCAAAUUCCACACUUGCAAAAGCAAUUGUUGUUAUCUGCCAUUGAUUCUGUUGACGCCAACUCCUCAACUGGUGGUGUCAUCGUGUAUUCCACUUGUUCCAUUGCUGUUGAUGAAAAUGAAGCCGUGGUAGACUAUGCAUUGAGAAAGAGACCAAAUGUUAAGUUGGUUGAAACUGGUUUACAAAUCGGUAAGGAAGGUUUCACCUCUUACCGUGGUAAGCACUUUAACCCUAAGAUAUCAUUGACCAGACGUUAUUAUCCUCACACUUACAAUGUGGAUGGUUUCUACGUUGCCAAGUUCAAGAAGAUUUCUGCUUCCAUCCACGAUGUCUCCAAGGCUGGUGCUAAGGAAAAGGAAAAUGUUGCCAAUGCUGAAGCUGAAGAAGAAGGUAUCAUUAACGGUGACUUCGCCGCUUUUGAAGAAGAUGAAGAUAAGCCAAUCAUUGACCAGGCCAUCAAGAGAAGUAUGAGAAGAAAGGGUAUCAACCCAAAUGCCAAGAAGAACUAA